AGACGUAAUAGAUCACAGUAUGUGCGCUCGUCGAGCGUCAUCGCAUCGCAUCACAGAUCAUAGAUAUUUUCAUGGUGACUCGAUAAACUUGACUGAGAUUUUAGAACUUGACGACGGUACCAUAUGCACAUGCGCCCGUGGACUUCGCUUCGCAAGCCGGGGAAUCAGUUUGCUGCAAAUCAUUAUCAUUUCCAUAUUUUCAUUCUUCACUUGUGACUCUGUGACUACGAGCUGCAGGACUCCAGGAGGCUUCUGCAAACGGUCGUGUUUCUUUGGUCCGGUGGUGCCGGGGGAAACGACAGUGGUGUAGACUGUAGGCCUAGGCCUAUCGGAAACGGGUCAGAGCACUAGAGCCUACAGCAUCAGCACGAGAAUACACCCGACGCGACGGUGGCCUGUAGGCUAGCCUCUACUCUAGGUAGAUCUGCAUAAAUACACAAAAUAGAGAAAUAAAACAUUCAUGUUGAAUGUUGAUAGGGUCUACUGAAGUGAUGGCGAUGGUGAUAAAAUACUGAUGAUAGUCUGAGCUGAGUGAUAUCUAGAUCUAGACUAGAUCUAAUCAUCUAGAUCUACUCUAGAUCUAGAUUUAGUCAAUCAUGACAAUGAUGACAAAAAUGUUGUUGACAUCAAAUAGAGCAGCUGACUGAGCUAGACUAGAGUAGAGUAAACAAAAUGGCGGCAUCCAUUGACUCACUUAAGUUUGAUUCACUUAAAGUUAAAGAGGAAAUAACAGUAACAGAUGUAGGCCUAUUGAUGUCUGAUGAGGAAUUAACAUCAAGGAACUCUGCCGCCGAAGGAGAUAAUGAAGAAUGUGAAGAAGAGGAUGACAAGUUGCAGGGCUGGAUCAGUUGUGAAUCUAGAUCUAGCAACAACUAUAAUACCAAAAGGCAGAUAAAAUAUUCACUGUCUUUAUUUGAGGAAUUUAGCAAACGGGAGAAUGUAAACUUUGAAGAUAUUGACAACAAAGCUUUGGAUGUUCUUCUUUCAAAUUUCUACAAAGCUGCUCGGAACAAGAAGGGAGACUUGUAUUCAUUAAAGUCUAUGCAAUCCAUUCGAUUUGGCCUGCAACGUUACUUUUUGGAAUCACGUGGCAUUAACAUUACCAAGACAAAUGAAUUUUCUUUGUCUUACAAAACCUUUGGGGCAGUGAUUCGUAAGCUUAGAAGGCCUGGUAAAGAUGAAGUGAGGCGUCAUCCCCAAAUCACAGUAGACGACAUGGCACGAAUGCAGGCGAGUUUGGAUUUGAGCACUCCCCAAGGCUUACAGCAUAAAGUAUUUCUGGAUAUUGUCCUGUACUUUGGCAUAAAGAUCCCAACCCUACGUACUACAAGACCAGGAGACUUUGUUUUACAUCAGGAGAAAAAUCAACUUUUCUACACAUUUCUAGAGAAUCAGAAAGCACAAAUGCAUGCCAUGCCUGGCAAUCCUCGAUGCCCUGUCGCAAACCUGAAAAGAUACAUCUCAAAGCUCAAUUCCAAUUGUGGAUGGAUGUGGCAGAGGCCAACGCAGCGUUUCUUAGAGGAUCACUGCAUUUGGUACGAGAAUUCACCCCUUGGAAAACGUACAUUGUCCUUAAUGACGAGGACAAUCAGUGAUUUGGCUGGUUGCAACAAAGGACAUAACCACCACUCGCUGAGGACAAUGAGGACAGAGAAAAUGUUGGAGGCGUUGUCAAGUAACGACAGCACCAGUCAAAACAGAGAUUAUGCCAUCACAGUGAUCACACUCCCGCGUUCAACAUCUAACAGCGUUUUUGCUCAGAUCAACAAAACGAUUACUGCCGGUCCCAGAGUACCUGUUGCUGCCCCUAUUACAGACUCCUCCAUGAACAUCAUUAAGAAGUCUCCAAGUGUGACUGCUUCUUCAAGUGACAAGGCAACCCAUCUACAAACAAUGCAGCAGAACACCAGUGUCACUUCAAAAUCAAAUACAGGUGUCAACGAAGGUACGAUGACAGAGCUGACUUGGAUUGAAUUACCGAGAAAGCUAGUACAAUCCAAGGAUGCCUCCACUCAGUGGGAGAAGCAGCCACCUACUCACUCCACUCAGGCUGCUUCUACCUCUUCUACACAAGAUCUUGAUAAACCAUCAUGUGGUGAUGACGGUGAAUUAGAACAGGAUGGUCUUGGUUGGUGCUCAGAGGACACCCCUGCAGUGCAAGAGGAUGAGUUCAUGGAUUCCAGUGAACCUUCUGAUGUACAUAUUGAUGGGUCAAUCAUUGUAGCUGGGUCUAGAGGCCAUGUGGAGGAAACCACUGUGGUUGAAUCUCAGGAAGGAAAACAAAGCAAAACACCCAUCCUGAGAAGAAUGAUUGACGAGCUGAUUGACGAAGAAGUAGAUUACCAGACCGUAUAUGUGAAGGAAGAAUACUUUGAAGAUGAAUGUCAAGAUGAUGAUUAUGCACAUGUGCAUUUGACACCAGGUGGACAUCCAAGAUUGGACGCUGAAAGUCCAAGAUCAACCCAGCAAACCAACAGCGACAGAGCUCCAAGGCAAAAUGGUGGACCAUGUAUCGGAUCAAAAGAGGCAAUAAUGGCAGAAGCGACUCUUCCUAGAUUUGAACUUCGUCAUGAUGAUCAAUUACAAGACUUGAUUGGUUCUGAGAGCAGCAAGAACACCAAAAAAUCCGUGAAAUUUUCUGUAAAAAUAUUCGAAGACUACCUGCAGAUUAUCAACACAGACCUCAAUAGUGUAAACAAACUGCCAAACUUGGAGCUGGACAAGGUACUCCAAAGGUUUUACGCUGGUGCUAGACAGAAGAACGGUUCUCUAUACACCAAAAAGUCAAUGCAAUCUAUUAGAUACGGACUUCAGCGUUUUUUCCUCAUUUCUAAAAAUGUGGACAUUGGUAAGCAUGAAGACUUUACAAAUUCGAAGUCAGUUUUCAAGCAAUUUUUUUUGCUUAAAGGACAGGGAGUUGUCAAUCACAAACCCGCUAUCUCACAAGAAGACAUGGACAAAAUCCAAGGUUCGCUUGAUCUAGAUGAUCCUCAAGGUCUUCAGGACAAGGUCUUUAUUGAUGUUAUGUUGUAUUUUUGCAUUCUUGGGAGGGAGAAUAUACGUGAUAUGACACUUGACAGCUUUGAAAUUUGUGAGGAAGCCUUAGGGGGGAAAUGCUACAUAACUCUCAAAGAUACACUCACAAGGAACAGCCGUGCUGAUAAACUAGGUGGCGUCAUGACUCCAACAAAUGGUCCACGAUGUCCUGUUGCCUCCUUCUUACGCUACAAAGAUAAAUUGAACCCCAAAUGUAAGUGGUUUUGGCAGAGACCAGCACAGCACAAGCGUGAGUUCAAUCCAUCUUGUUCUGGUCCAUGGUACCGUAAUGUACCCCUAGGGAUAAACUCCAUCGGAGAAAAGAUGAAAACAAUUUCAUCCAGUGCAGGUACCAAGGCUUACACCAACCAUUGCCUAAGGGCAACCAGCAUCAGUACCCUACAAAAUGCAAGGUUCUGAUGGAGAUCAUGAGUGAGUAUGGACAUCUCUCAGAAAGCAGUCUCGGCCACUAUGCAUUAACCAGCAGUGAAACAAAAGAGAACACAAGUUGUGCUAUCGUAGGGGGUUAAAGAACACUCUAUUUUAAUUUCAUGUUUAAAAAGGGUAAAAUUAACGUUACCAUCUUUUUUUGGGGGGGGGGGGGUGGGGGAAGGGAGAAGGGGCCCCCCGUGGAUCUGCACCUGCCAGCCAUAUCCUAAUGAUAUGGUUCUACAAUAUAUUUUUUGAUUUUCAGUAAGUAUGCAUUUGGUGUUUAAGAUGCGUCACUGCGCACUUCUACUUUUUGCUACGCUUAGUAAAGAGGUGAAAGUAUUCUUUUUAAAAGGGGAUAUGAAAAUUUGCCAUGGUGCCUCCAUUAAAUAAUUAAGUAAUUUUAAAUUAAAUAAAUUGGUAUUUGGGAAUGUGAUAGAUACCAAGUGUUUUUGUUCACGAGUUUUAGGCAUUAAAAAAACCCUGUUACACGAUCCCAUUUAAUUUGAUUUCACUUUAUCGAUUGAAAUCAAAACAUAAAGGAGUAUCAAUUUUCAAUUGAGAUUUAAUACAAUUCAAAUAUUAUUGUUGAAAAGUUAUCUAAAUUACUGUGACAAAAGUGAAAAAUCAAAAAAGAAAUUCAUUAAUGUAGGAUAUGUUUAUCAGUGGCAGAUCCAGGAUUAUUAAAAGAAGAAAGGGGUGUAAAUGUGCAACAGUUAUCCAUUUAUGCCUCUUCCUCCCCCACCUGGCUCUGCCUCUAUGUGUCUGUUCCUUGGCAUUGUUCAGCCACUAUUUUGAUUGUUUUCUUGUAAUCAUCAUUGUUGUACAUUGUUGUACUCGUACACCUUUUCAUUCUAGAGUUUACCUACCUGUAGGAGAUGAAAGUAAAAGGAUUACUUUGUAUCUUCCCCUGGAAUAUACACAGGGAGAUACAAUUGAAAUUAAAGUAUGGAAUCAGCAAUUAGGCCCUAACCCUAAAUGUUAGUAAAAUGUUGUAAAGUUCUCUGAUUCCGGUUGUAUCUACCUCUUCUUGUGAGCUUACCUGUAAACAUAUUGGCAUUUAAAUGGUUACUACAAGGUGUAAACACUGAACCCUUUAUUCAUUUGUAAUACAAAUUAAUAUGUUGUUAAAUUGCGUUAUUAAAAAAAGAGACUUUUGAUGAUCUUGUUAUAGUCAGCAUGUCACACAUAACACAGUAUUGGUUAGAGGAGUGUGGCAUGGGCAUGGCAGGAGCACAUAUCAGUGAUGAAAUCGAGUUAGAAUGGGAAACAGAAUCUGGAAGGAUAAAACCUGAUACAUGUAUAUAGUUAAUAAUGAUUACAGAUAUUUUGUAAAAUUUCCCAGAUUCCAAAUGUUUACAUCUCCUGUAAUCAAUUACAUGAGCCCCUGGUUUGCCAUUCCACAUCUUGCCUACUAAAAACUAUCAAUAUGUUGCCAAAUAUUUAAUUAUUUAUCAAUAUUUUUUUCAUAUUUAUUAUUUUUUUAAUUUUAAUUUUGUAUGCUUUACAAUGAGUAUUUACAUAGAAAUUAUUAUUACAUUCAUAUUUCAAUGUUAGCCAGUAUUGAAUAAGGUUCUUUUUUAUUUUGAAAGUUGGUAUAUGUUGAGGCAUUUUGUCGGAUGUUGAAAAUAUUAUGUUAAAUUUGUUAUAACUAUUUGACGCUUAUCUACAUGUAAUAAUUGGGGUAUUGUGUUACUUUGGGAUAUAGAUUAUACAUAAAUAAAAGAGAGGAGAGAGAGAG